AAGAACCAUUUCAUUUACUCUGAAAUCAUCCUCCUAUCAGAAGCCAAAGUUACAUGCUGAAUGAUGUUAUAUCUUUGUAUAUUGAAGGAAUCAAGCAUAUGCUGGUGCCACCCACUCAUAAUAUUGGAAAGAUCAAGAGCCUCAGAAUUGCUCCACUCAUUGGCGGCGUUGCUCUUUCUCCUUCAAUUCUUUCUUGCUUGAGACUAUAAGGUAGCAAGACACUUCAAUUCUUGUAGCCCGCCUGAGUUAAAGAAUCAGGAAGCAUGGGCAGAAAUGUGGAGGAAUCUAUCGCUCUCCAUGCUAAAUAUGAGAACAACUCCGUGCAGAGUUUGGAAGGAAAGGAUUGCCAAGAGUCGAUCUUUAGCUCGAUGCCCAAAUCACCUCUACCAAAUUCAAGACCAAAUAGCAUGGUUGUCAAGAAGGUAUGUCCUCGCGAGUUCAUUCCUCCCCACAUCGUGGCCGAGGCCAUAUCCACACUCCGCGGCCUCGAUCUGAGGUGGUCAGGGCCGAUAACCCCAACCGAGAUGCAGUACGUGGAGCAGUACGUCCUCGCGAAGUAUCCGCAGUACUCUCAAGGCCUGAUCGAGGAAGGCGACAAGAACGACUUGUACUCCGCCUACUGCAACGACAAGUCCCCAGGCGGAGCAAGGGAAGCUUCCUGCUCUCCCUCCAUGGCCAGCAACCACCCCGACCUCGACAUGACUCGAUUGGAGCCGUCACGCCUCCUCGACAUCCUCGCCAGGAAGUCCUCCUUCCCUGGGAGCUUCAUAUCGAUUCCGGAGAUCCAAGCUCAGAACCGCGUUCUCAGACACUGCGGCCUCACCGACGAGGACUACGUCGUGCUCUUCGCGCCGAGUUACCGAGACGCCAUGAUGCUGGUCGGGGAGAGCUACCCCUUCUUCCGUCACAACUACUACAUGUCCAUCCUCGACGAGGAGGCGGACUGCGUGCGGGAGUUCGCGGCGUACAAGGACGCGAAGGUGAUCGCGGCGCCGGCGACAUGGCUGGACCUCAGGAUCAAGGGCUCGCAGCUGAGCCAAUACUUCAGGAGGAAGAGCAAGCAGAGGCCCAAGGGGCUAUUCGCCUACCCGGCGGAGGCCAGGGGGGCGCGGUACUCGAUGCACUGGGUCUCGGAGGCGCACCGCAACUCGUGGCACGUGCUCCUCGACGCUGCGGCGCUCGUCGUCGGGGAGGAUCGGCUCAGCCUCGCCCUGCACAGGCCCGACUUCGUGUUGUGUACGCUCGACAACACCCACGCCAACCCUUCCAAGGUCACCUGCCUUCUGGUGAGGCGGAGGGCCUUCGACACGACGCUGCCUCAGCUCGAGGGUUGAGUUCAUCCUGCACAUCUCCUGUUAAGAUUCGUGUUAAAGGAUGAACGGCUCAUGAUCAAAUUCGAAGAACGCAUAGACUGCAUGUCUUCCUAGAAGCGAACAAGAACAAGCGCUUUUACAUGUCUAUCCUUUGACAGUGUGAAAAUAACAAAUUUGCCCUCACCCCGGUAAACUUCAUAUUAA